UUCCCAAUUUUGGUACCCUUCCAUUAAUCCUUUUUGGGGGGGGGGGGAACCCACAAAAAGUCACCCAUUUCUCCAUGAUGUGCUUUUUUCAGCUGAAAAUAGAAGCAAGCUGGGGCCUUGGCUUUCUUUGUUUGUUUGUUUUUCCCGUUUUUUCCAGGCAGUUUUCCAAAAGAGAUGAGGAAAUCGUUUCAAAAUUGCAGAGAAAUCUUCUUUUUGGGAAAGCACUUCGCGUAAAAGGAAAGUCAACAUUUACCUGGCCUUUGAGCGGAGGUUGAGCGCUGCAUGAAAAUUCAGCCAAGUUUUUUUCUCGUCGUAAUGCAAUCGGAGGAGGGGAAUGUUUACUAAUGUUUUUGAGAAGAUUUUGAGGACAGGAACUUCCUCCUGGCAAAGAUAUAUAAGACAGGUCCUGCUGAAUACGGCAUUCCAGAGAGAGAGAGAGACGCUGACAGAACCUGCGGUUUGGCAAAAGAUACAGGAUGAAGUCUUCGGCUCCGUCUCUCCUGUUUGCCUGCCUUGUGAUGUCCCUCAGCAGCUACACCCAGCAGGUCCCUCACUGCCUGCCCCUUCCUCCUUCCGAAAAAAGGGUGGUCUGCAAUUCUUUCUCUCUCCGUGAAUUUCCCACUGGCUUCCCCACUGAUACCCAGACGGUCUACGUUCAGUUCACCCAGCUCUCCAGCCUUGGUUCGGAGGCCCUCCAGGGUCUCCCAAACUUACAGGGGCUUCAUCUGACGGACAACCGGCUGAAGACCCUUCCGGGUGGCCUCUUCCGUAACCUCCCCCAACUGCACACCCUGGAUCUCUCCAGAAAUCUCCUCAAAGAUCUACCUCCGCAGAUCUUCACCCAGGCAAUUAGCCUGGCCUACUUAUCCCUCAGCGAAAACCAGCUGGCUGAAUUGGACCCGUCCUGGUUCGAGACCCUGGAGGACCUCAAGAUCCUGUGCCUCGACCACAACAAGCUGAAGGAGAUCCCAGGUUCCGUCUUCCAGAAGCUGACGAUGCUCCUCUCCCUGGACCUGUCCUCCAAUCUCCUCCAUUGUCUGUCUCCGAAGUCGUUCAAAGGCCUUCCUUAUUUAAACGUUUUAAACCUGAAGAAUAACCCAAUCCGGUCCAUCGCCCCCAAGACUUUCCACGGGAAUUCCGGGCUGUGGGUGCUCAGCCUGAGGAACUGCGGCCUGACCCACGUUCCGGCUGGGCUCUUCCAACCAUUGAACCAUCUGGGACGAUUGGAUCUGUCCGCCAACGAAAUCACCGCCCUGGAGCCUUUGUUGCUCAAUGUGUCUUCUGAGCUCACUCUUGAUCUUUCCGGAAACCCGUGGGCUUGUGACUGCCGCAUGCAGGCUCUCUUAAACUGGGUGCAGGGAGGCGACGUUGAUUUGUUCUCCAAGGACGACGUCGUCUGUGCUUUCCCCAAAAGUUUGAAGGGCCAAGUUGCAACUUCACUUAACGGAACCAAACUGUGUCCCUGCUAAAGCUUCAGGACGGGUCUUUUUCCAACCCGCUCAGCUGGUAUGCUUUAAGACCGUUGGACUUCAGUUCCCAGAAUCCCCCAGCCAUCGUGUAUGACUUCAGCUCCCAGAAUUCCCAAGCCAGCAUACUUUAAGACGGUUGGACUUCUGUUCCCAGAAUCCCCCAGCCAUCAUGUAUGACUUCAACUCCCAGAAUUCCCAAGCCAGUAUACUUAAGACGGUUGGACAUCUGUUCCCAGAAUCCCCCAGCCAUCAUGCAUGACUUCAGCUCCCAGAAUUCUCUAGCCAGCAUGCUUUAAGACGGGUGGACUUCAGUUCCUAGAAUCCCCCAGCCAUCAUGUAUGACUUCAGCUCCCAGAAUUCUCUAGCCAGCAUG